AUGCUGGCACGUACUGUUUUGCGCAGCGUGCCCUUCCGGGGCGUCGCACGCCAGUCCUUGAACAAGACCUCCACGCGUGCGUCUUCCUCCGCCGCCGGUGCCGAAUCCGCCAGCUCCCCCUUCCACCUCACACUCACUGCGUCCGCCGCAACCGCCGUCGCUCUCGGAUCCGCCGCGUAUCUCUAUGGCCAGGAGGCUUUUGCGAUGACACCUGCUGAGGAGGGAUUGCACCCUACCGCGUACCCUUGGGAGCACGCCAAGUGGAACAAGACCUUCGAUCACCAGGCCCUCCGUCGUGGUUUCCAGGUCUACCGUGAAGUCUGUGCCAGCUGCCACUCCCUGACCCGUGUGCCUUGGCGCUCGUUCGUCGGUGUCAUGCACACCGUCGAUGAGAUGAAGGCCAUGGCUGAAGAGAACGAGUACGACACCGAGCCCAACGACCAGGGCGAGAUCGAGAAGCGUCCCGGAAAGCUGUCCGACCACAUCCCUGCUCCCUACAAGAACGAGGAGGCUGCUCGUGCUGCCAACGGUGGUGCUCUCCCCCCGGAUCUCAGCUUGAUCGUCAAGGGCCGUCACGGUGGCUGCAACUACAUCUUCAGUCUGCUGACUGGUUACCCCGAUGAGCCCCCGGCUGGUGCCACCGUCGGUGCUGGCAUGAACUUCAACCCCUACUUCCCCGGUACCGCCAUUGCCAUGGGUCGUGUUCUCUUCGAUGGUGUUGUUGAGUACGAGGAUGGCACCCCCGCCACCACCUCCCAGAUGGCCAAGGAUGUCGUCGAGUUCCUCAACUGGGCUGCCGAGCCUGAGAUGGACGACCGCAAGAAGAUGGGUGUCAAGGCUAUCACCCUCCUGACCGGUCUCUUCGCCAUCAGCGUCUGGGUCAAGCGUUACAAGUGGUCCCCGAUCAAGACGAGAAAGAUUGUGUACAGCCCCCCCGUUUCCCGGCGCUGA